ACCUUUUUUUAAUUUACGAUUACAAUAGCAAGUUCAAACAUGACGGAUAAGAGAACAAAUAGAUAUAUUUCAUCGUAGACCAGCUUGGAACAUAAUGUCAAUUACAGAACUUUUAGAAUCCAUACCGUCAAGAAAACAGAAGUGCAGAGGAUGAUAAAGACAAAGUCAAAGCGUUUACUGUAUUAUAUAUUUAUAUACAUAUCGCUUGUCUUCUGGGACAUUCUCACAAACAUUUGGCGAGCGGCACUUGAUGAAUGACAGUGGCAGUCCACCCUUACAGUCCUGCAAAACAGCCACAAUGACACAACGUUUCAGAACGGAAGUAAGUAAAAACUUCAUUAUAAUGGACGAGAAGAAAAAUUCAGAGAAAAUGAGGAGAAAGGUCUGUCAGGCAGACGUCAUCUGGCUGACAAAUAGUGAAAGAGCGAAGGAAAUUCUUGUGGGGAUGGAAAAAAUUAAAAAAAGGAUAUGAUGAUGAUGAUGAUGAUGAUGAAGGGGAAGUAAAAGUAAGAGAAGGAAGCUCACCUGACCAUGGCGAAAAAAGGGACCGAAGAAUCGUAAUGGAGUUCGCUUAGUAUGUGUCCAAUGAAGAAGAGUUUUUGUUUGCUUCAGCUUGGUUGAAGUGGUGAAGAACCUUUCUCUUCUUUCUUAUUUCCGUCACAAAUUUUUUUGGAGGGGGCUCCAGAAGAAAAGAGUUUAAAGAGGGUGUAGCGUUUUCUAACGUGGUAUAAUCAGCCUCAAUCCCCCGAUUUGAAUUGAAUUGGUGUCAAACCGAUUCGAGGGUGUCACGUGAUAGCAGUCAACUAUUUUAUAAAUAUUUUAAAUUCGUUAUAUUUAAAUUUAUACAUUUUUUUCAAAAAUGAAAUUAAUGUUUUUGGCCAAUUCAAUUGAUCAAUCCAUUCUGUUGAGGAAUAUGCUUUUAUAUUGUUUUCAAAAUUGCGAUUGAACACUCGUUACUUUCAAGUGAGUGACAGGUUCCUCGCUGCUCAGGUGAAGGCCAAAGUUUCCUUUCUUUGUCUUUGAAGAAUUGAAGGCUGUGUUGGUGCUUAGGUAUUAUAGUAUGUUCCACCUCCAUAGCACCCAUGAGAAUGAAAUUGUGCUUAGGCUUUAGGCAAUGAACGUUGUUAUUUCAUUUCGUCGAGAUAACAGAGCAUAUCAUCUACAUGAUUCAAACCUAACCUUCUCCAGUAUUUCAUAAUAAGGAAUUAUUGGAUUCAUCUGGCCAUUUGUCUAUUCGAAUUUCUUCAUUGCAGAGGUGACAUUCGGAUGACAUACUCAAGAAGAAGCAAAAUUACUCUGAAAACUCAGACAUUCGAUGUAAUCAGCAAAAGAGGAAACAAGUCAUGGAUAGGUAUGUUUGUUUCACUGCAGAUGUUGGUGAUUUGAUUUGAGAUUAGUAGGAUUUAAACAAAGGUUAGAUCCAAAACUAUCAAAGGCAACGUUAAUAAUGUAGGCGAAGGUUGAGCUCAGAAGCCAUGUGUUCGGCAAUAGGGUUUUAGGAGGAUUUAAGCGGAGCUUGCUUGUUGUGUCUUGUCCCCGGACUGGACUGGAGACCUCAGUCUGGCUGAACAUCCAUGGCUCUCUGGAGACCUGUCCCCUGCUUUCGGUUUCGGCUCCCUUCCUCUUCCUCCCUCGUCCUCUCCCUCAUAAAUCCCAAACCCUUCUCUACUUCCUCUUGUUCUGAGGGAGAAGAAGAAUGCGACUUCGACCAUGAAGAAGCGGUAAGCUUGAAACAACAGCCGGUUAUCCCAAUACCACGAUCUCCCUUCGUCGACCGUUUCUACUCCGUCAUCCAAGAUCACCACCGCAGAACCCUUGGCCUGAACCCGAACCCAUCUUCUCCCUCCUCCUCCUCCUCGGCCCACAUCCCCAAUCUAUCCCGCGAGUUCUCCCAGAUCGCCCCUCCCUCGAUAUCCCCUUCCGUCGUUGCCCACACCAUCCAGAGGUCCGCCCAACUCCGUCAUGGCAUUCCUUGGCCCCAGACGCUUGCCUUCUUCAAAUGGGCCUCCGACCACCCCGGCUUCGCCGCAGACGCCGAUGGCGCCGCGACUGCCUACUGCGAGGCGGUCGACCUCCUCGGCAAGGUCCGCCAGUUCGACCUCGCGUGGGGGCUGAUUGACGCCAUGAGGGCCCGGGGUAUUCCCGUGGUUGCCAACGUCUUCUUGGCCCUCGUCCGACGCUACGCCCGCGCCGGGCUGGCGGCGGAGGCCGUCCACACCUUCAAUCGCAUGGAGGAUUACGGAUGCGUGCCACACUCAUUCGUGUUCGCUUCGGUGAUUGGGGUUCUGGCGAAGAAGCGGUUCGCGGAGGCGGCGCAGUCAUUCUUCGACGGGUUGAACCACAAGUUCCGGCCAGAUGUCGUGAUCUACAGCGCUCUGAUUCACGGGUGGUGCAGGGUCCAUCGGAUUGAGGAAGCAGAGAGGGUGUUUCGGGAGAUGAAGGAGGCAGGCAUCCAGCCGAACGUGUAUACCUACAGCUGCGUAAUCGAUGGUCUUUGCCGGUCCGGCCGAAUCGAUCGGGGAUACGACGUUUUCCGGGAGAUGGUGGAGGUUGGAUGCGCCCCAAACGCGGCGACUUUCAAUUCUCUGAUGCGCGUCCACGUUAAGGCGGACCAGACCGAGAAAGCUCUGCAAGUCCACAACCAGAUGAAGCGGCUCUCCUGCGAGCCCGACGCCAUCACGUACAAUUACCUCAUCGAGGCGCACUGCCGGGCCGGAAACUUCGACAACGCCAUGAAGGCGUUGAACCAGAUGGUUGCGAAGGGGUGCCCGCCGAACGCGUCGAGCUUCAACCCACUGUUCCAAAGCGUCUUCAAGGCGAAGGACGUCAAUGGGGCGCACAGAUUGUUCUCGAAGAUGAAGGAUGUGGGGUGCAAGCCGAAUACUGUUACCUACAACAUCCUGAUGAGGAUGUUCUCGGAGACGAGAUCGACGGACAUGGUGAUGAAGAUGAAGAGGGACAUGGACGAGAACGGCUGCGAGCCGAACGUGAACACUUACAGGAUUCUGAUAUCCAUGUUCUGCUCCAUGGGUCAUUGGAAUCGGGCGUAUAAGUUUUUCAGGGAGAUGCUGGAGGAGAAAUGCCUGAAGCCGGCGCUGCCCGUUUACAACAUGGUCCUAGAACAGCUGAGAAAAGCCGGGCAGGUUGAGAAGCAUGAGGAGUUGGUCGAGAAGAUGGUGGCGAGAGGAUUCGUGACGCGGCCUUUGUGAUCCCGUUUUCCUUGCCUUGUCGCCGGGCAUUCUUCUGCUAGUGCAGAAGAAUGAAACAUAGGAGUGCGCAGACCCACAGAUUACGAGUAACGAAGAUAUGUAGGGAAAACUUGAUUUUUGGCAGGAGUGAAUUCUACGAGGAAAGAAUAGGAAAUUAUAUUGUGAAAGAUCUGUUGUGAGUUCUUCUUCCGUGGAAGUGAAGAGUGAAAAAGGAGUUGCUUCAAGGAGCAUAGAUGUGAGUGUAAAAAAGUAGGCGUUAUGGUUGGAGUGCUUAAGUUGAAGGGUAUACCAUUGUCGUUAUUGACACCAAUGUAAACUCAACUCAGGACGCUGAGAUAAGGGGUGCUUUCGGACUUCUUUUUCUUUCUAGUGAGAAGUUGCUAACCUCUCACCUACACCGAGAAGUGAAAAAGAAAUUUGAAAGGAAUCUCCAAUGAAGUAUCACACAUUUGAAGGAGAUUCACUGAAGAAGUUCUUACCCAUUGGCGGACAGCUCUCAUCUGAGCAGGAAACAGUGGUUCUCUGUGAGGGAUUUUGAUGAAAAUCCAUGCUGGUUUAUCGGUCGGUUAGGGAGUGGGGCAUCUGUACGUGCCGGAAUACAGGGACGGAGGAUGGAGUUCUCUCUGACAUUGGCCUAGGAGGUAGGCCAAGUGGCCAACCAAUGAAGUGAGAACUGGCUUGCAGGUUUUGUUCAUUUCUUAACAUGGACUGUUAGAAUCAAUUUGUAAAAGCAAUCAAUAAGAAGAGAUAUGAACAGUUAUUCA